AUGACACCGGGAAUCCAGGCCCCUUUUCUCCUUUUGUUGCUGCUAUUUUCAGUGAUUACAGGUGAGGAGCACAAGGCUACUACCACCCCAGCUGGCAAGGAGACUCCAUCCUCAGUUCCCAGCCACCACUCUGAUAGCCCAUUUAACUCUUCCCUGGAAGAUCCCAGCACUAACUACUACCAGGAGCUUCAGAGAAAUAUUACUGGAUUGUUUUUGCAGAUUUAUAAACAGGAGAAUUUCCUGGGCUUCUCUAAUGUAAAGUUCAGGCCAGGAUCUGUGGUGGUGGAGUCAACUUUGGCCUUCAGAGAGGGCACCACCAAUGCCAAUAACGUAUUGACACAGUUUGUUCAACAUGAAUCAGACGCAGCCAAAUACCACCUGGUCAUUUCAAGAGUCAGUGUGGAAGAUGUGUCAUUUCCUUCCUCUGCCCAGCCUGGGUCUGGGGUACCUGGCUGGGGCAUUGCCCUGCUGGUGCUGGUCUGUGUUCUGGUUGCGCUGGCCAUCAUCUAUCUCAUUGCCCUGGCUGUGUGUCAGUGUCGCCGAAAGAACUGUGGGCAGCUGGACAUCUUUCCAACCCGAGAUGCUUACCAUCCUAUGAGCGAGUACCCCACCUACCAUACCCAUGGGCGCUAUGUGCCCCCUGGCAGUUCCAAACGUAGCCCUUAUGAGGAGGUUUCUGCAGGCAAUGGUGGCAGCAGCCUCUCUUACACGAACACAGCAGCCACUUCCGCCAACUUGUAGGGGCACGUUGCCUGCUGAGCAUCCAGCCAGUGCCAGUCGCCAGCCAGUUGCCUCCCUCAAGGUCUUCACCACCGGUGUCUCCCUCCCCCAUUUUCUGGACUGAUGAGCUGGGAGUUCCAGUAGGCUGCUCACAGCCUCCCUUACAGACCCCACCAAAUCCCCAUCUUAACCCUGAUGAAGCCCACCUUAGCCAUGA